AUGUCAUCCAACAGCUUUGCCGCUGCUCAGGAACGCAUUCUAGCACGGCAGACAGCCAGACAACAGGAAGCCCUCGCCCUCACUCAACAGCCCGAGAUUAGCAGUGGCCGCUCCUCCUUGACGCGACUCACUCAAUCCCUGCGACCCAAGUUGUCUUCGUUCUGGAUAACCCUGUUAGAGUCAGAGGGCACGCGGCCAGCCUUUCGAGUCGGGCAAGUGGAUGCCGAACUCCUCGAUGAAGAGUUGCUGGGCCUAUUGAAGACACAGGUGGCAGAUGCUUUGAAAUACCUCGGGCCGCAUCUUCAGGAUGACUGGUCGCAAGAAAUUCUGCUUGCUCUCAGGGCGAUACUGUUCAAACUAUCCAUCUGGGACAACGAUGCUUCGUAUGGCGCGGCUCUGCAGAACCUCCGAUACGUCGACGCAAGGAAACCUGGACUGUCUCUUCCGAAACCGACCAGAUGGCAAAAGAGUCUCUACGGUCUGCUGACCGUCUUUGGGCGAUAUGGAUGGGAUAAAUGGGAGGAUUGGCUGAUUGAUCAAGAGCGAGGUUAUACAUCUCCUUCAGAGACAGUCCAGAUGCUGAUGCGGUUUACCUCCUUCAUCUCUACAACACAUUCCAUCGCGGCCUUUUGUUCCUUCCUGGUUUUCCUCGUCAAUGGACGCUACCGGACUCUUACAGAUCGUUUGCUGAGAUUGCGACUGAUGUCGCCAUCCAACCAAGUUAGCCGCGAAGUCUCGUUUGAGUAUCUGAAUCGUCAAUUGGUCUGGCAUGCCUUUACCGAAUUUUUGUUAUUUCUCCUACCGCUGGUGGGCAUCAGUCGAUGGCGAAGAUGGCUCUCCAGAGUGUGGAAGAAAACAAAAGACGCCAUGAAGUCACAAACACAAGCAGAAGACGAAACUGAAAAGACAAAAAGCGGGCCACUGGCUUUUCUCCCGGAAAGGACUUGCGCCAUCUGUUAUCAGGACCAAAACCCAACCUCGACGUCCGAAGCUGAGAUCCUAGGAGCAAACACUGCCGCGGGGGGAGGCGUCAUUGGCUCGGCUACUACCGACGUGGUAAAUCCCUACGAAACCAUUCCAUGUGGUUGUAUCUACUGCUUUACGUGCAUAGCUACCAAGAUCGAAGCGGAAGAGGGUGGUGGCUGGACAUGCUUGCGUUGCGGAGAAACCAUAUAUAAAUGCCAACCUUGGAAUGGCGAUAUCGUCUCGGUUGGAAAGAAAGCCAGCAAUAAAAUCGCAAAAUCGGUCGGUUUUUCUGUCGCCAACGACGAUUCCGGCGAGAAUGACCGAGAUGAUCCGUCUGCCUCCACGUUGGCCGAGAGCCAGUGGACCAUGGCGGAUCAGGAGUCCUCUAGCAGUUAA